AUGUCGACCCUCUCAGCUUUGCGUAACUGGGAAGCUGAAAAUAAUGUCAUCACCAUCGACCCGUUUCAAAAUGCCCUCUAUAACCUGCCCGAUCCUGCCGCCUACAAGACCUUACAAAACUCAGCCCCAUGGAAAAAAGAUCCUGACUACUUCACUCACGUCCGCAUAUCUGCCCUUGCUCUCCUCAAAAUGACAACCCACGCCCGGUCCGGGGGCAGUCUCGAGAUCAUGGGUCUUAUGAUUGGUUACGUCUCGGGUCGAUCGCUCGUCAUCACAGAUGCUUUCCGGCUUCCAGUCGAGGGGACGGAAACUCGAGUCAAUGCGCACGCUGAUGCUGAUGAGUACAUGGUCAAUUUUGGCAUUCUUUCUAGAGAAGGAGGCGGCCAGCUGGAAAACGCCGUGGGAUGGUACCACUCACAUCCGGGGUAUGGUUGUUGGCUUUCAGGCAUUGAUGUUCAUACGCAAAAGACACAUCAGAUGGUCAACGAUCCCUUCGUUGCGGUGGUGAUCGAUCCAGAUAGGACUGUCUCGGCUGGUAAGGUGGAAAUUGGUGCUUUCAGGACCUACCCGGAAGGGCACAUUCGCAAGCAGAAACAAUUUACAGACGACAGCGAUGAGUACCAAGCUAUUCCUCAAGAUAAGAUCCAAGAUUUUGGUGUGCAUGCCAAUUCCUACUAUCCCUUGGAGGUCACUCACUACAAAUCAACUCUUGAUACGCAUUUGCUCGGCCUCUUGUGGAACAAGUACUGGACAUCGACGCUGUCGCAGUCACCUCUCUUCACCAAUCGCGACUACACCAAUAAGCAGAUCGCCGACCACGCCGUCAAGAUUCGAGCAGCAGCCAGCAGACAGAGGGCUGCUGCUAGCAUGUUCCGACGAGAGCAGGAGUUGGUAGGAACGGGAGACAAGAAUUUCAAGAUUGUAAGAGAUGGUACCAUGGAGCAGAUUGUUCGAGGCGGCAACAAGAUAGCCACAGAAGAGCUUGCUGGUCUGCUGGCACAUGAAGUCAAGCAAAAGUUAUUCUGGGGAGUGGUGCAGGAGGCCAGGCAGAAGGCAGCUCAGCAGACCGCCGAAUCGAUGACGGACGAAGGUGUGGCAAGCAACGGCGGUUGA